AUGCUGGUUAUCUUGUUGUUUCAGGAGGACAAAAAAUGUUUCAUAUGCGACUCCGAGGAUCCCUUCCACGAUACUCUCAAUCCUGAUAGUCACCGUAUUGAAAAUGUGGUCACCACGUUUGCUCCCAAUCGCCUGAAGCUUUGGUGGCAGUCAGAAAAUGGUCUGGAAAACGUGACUAUCCAGCUGAACCUGGAGGCUGAAUUUCAUUUCACUCAUCUCAUUAUGACGUUCAAGACGUUCCGUCCUGCUGCGAUGCUAAUAGAAAGAUCGUCUGAUUUUGGGGAAACGUGGCAAAUAUAUAGGUAUUUUGCAUAUGACUGUGAGAGCUCAUUUCCUGGAAUUUCAACUGGACCCAUGAAGAAAGUGGAUGAUAUAAUUUGUGACUCCCGAUACUCUGACAUUGAACCCUCAACUGAGGGAGAGGUAAUAUAUCGUGUUUUAGAUCCUGCUUUUAGGAUUGAAGAUCCAUACAGUCCAAGGAUUCAAAACCUAUUAAAGAUCACAAAUCUGAGAGUCAAAUUCGUCAAGCUGCACACGCUAGGAGACAAUCUCCUGGAUUCAAGGAUGGAGAUCCGAGAGAAAUACUACUAUGCCAUUUACGACAUGGUGGUGCGCGGGAACUGUUUCUGCUACGGACAUGCCAGUGAGUGUGCGCCGGUGGACGGCUUCAACGAAGAGGUGGAAGGAAUGGUCCAUGGGCACUGCAUGUGCAGACAUAACACCAAAGGGUUAAACUGUGAGCAGUGUUUGGAUUUCUACCAUGACUUACCCUGGCGACCAGCCGAAGGUCGCAACAGCAAUGCAUGCAAAAAGUGCAAUUGCAACGGCCACUCCAGCCAGUGCCACUUUGACAUGGCCGUGUACAUGACCACUGGGAACACCAGUGGGGGGGUGUGUGACGACUGCCAGCACAACACGGUAGGGCGCAACUGCGAGCAGUGCAAGCCCUUCUACUUCCAGCACCCCGAGAGAGACCUGCGGGACCCUGACGUCUGCGAGCCUUGUAACUGUGACCCAGCUGGCUCCCAAAACGGUGGAAUAUGUGAUCGCUACACCGAUUUCUCUACUGGCCUUAUUGCUGGGCAGUGCCGUUGUAAAGUGUUUGUGGAAGGAGAGCGCUGUGACCUCUGCAAAGAAGGGUUUUACGGCCUGAGUGCUGAUGACCCAGCGGGUUGUCAGUCUUGUGCAUGUAAUCCUUUGGGUACCCAUCCCGGAGGGAACCCUUGUGAUUCGGAGACAGGAAACUGCUAUUGUAAGCGUCUGGUAACAGGAAAGCAGUGCAGUCAGUGUCUGCCUGAGCACUGGGGUCUGAGCAACGACAUGGAUGGAUGUCGGCCUUGCGAUUGCGACCAGGGAGGAGCCUUGAGCAACAACUGCUCGAGCGAGUCCGGCCAGUGCGAGUGCCGGCCCCACAUGUUUGGACGUCAGUGCAACCAAGUGGAGCCCGGCUAUUACUUUAUUUCGCUGGACCAUUACAUCUAUGAGGCCGAGGAAGCCAACUUUGGUCCUGGAGUAAACAUAGUAGAGCGGCAAUACACGCAGGACCGCACGCCGUCCUGGACUGGCGUCGGGUUUGUGCGAGUCCCGGAGGGGGCCUACUUGGAGUUUUACAUCGACAACGUCCCCUACUCCAUGGAGUAUGAGAUCCUGGUUCGCUACGAGCCGCAGUUGCCGGAUCAGUGGGAAAAAGCCGUUGUGAGCGUGUCGCGGCCAGGCAAGAUCCCCGCGGGUAGCCGAUGUGGCAACACAGUUCCUGAUGAUGACACUCAGGUCGUCUCGCUCUCACCCGGCUCCAGAUACGUAGUUCUUCCCCGCCCGGUGUGCUUUGAAAAGGGCCUGAAUUACACGAUUCGCCUGGAAUUGCCCCAGUACUCCUCGGUCGAUACCGAGAUGGAGAGCCCCUACACGCUUAUUGAUUCUCUCGUUCUCAUGCCGUACUGUAAAUCGCUGGACAUAUUCACAGUGGGCGGCUCAGGCGAAGAUGUGGUCACGAACAGCGCUUGGGAAACUUUCCAAAGAUACCGGUGCCUGGAGAACAGCAGGAGCGUUGUGAAAACCCCCAUGACGGAUGUCUGCAAGAACAUAAUCUUCAGCAUUUCUGCUCUCUUACAUGAGACCGCGUUGUCGUGCCAGUGCGACCCUCAGGGCUCGCUGAGCUCGGUGUGUGACCCCAGCGGAGGACAGUGCCAGUGCCGCCCCAACGUCGUUGGCAGACAGUGCGACCGCUGCGCUCCCGGCACCUUUGGCUUUGGCCCCAACGGAUGCAGGUCUUGCGAGUGCCAUCUUCGAGGCUCUUACAACGCCUUCUGCGACGCGGAGACAGGCCAGUGCCACUGCUUCCCCGGGGUGUACGGGCGGCAGUGCGACCGCUGCCUGCCCGGCUUCUGGGGCUUCCCCAGCUGCCAGCCCUGUGUUACAGAAACAAAAAGGGUGGGGGGCGUUUGGUCUCCGGCUUGGCCACAGCCGUGGCAGUACCAGAGGAGGGUGGAGCGGGGACAGGGUCUUCCCUGUGGGUUGGCCACGUGGCACGGCCUCCCGUCUCCCAGAGAUGCCCAGAUGCUGGAGCACGUGUUGCAGGACCCAAGAGGCUUCAGAGCGGGUUUCUCCUUUGAAGGUUUGCGUGUAGUCAUGACAUCGCUUCGGCCCGUUUGCCCACAUCUCCUGCAUGCUGUGUCCCCCUCGCGCAGGUGCCUGGCUGGCUACUACGGAGACCCUGUCCUGGGAUCAGGCGAUCACUGCCGCCCUUGCCCUUGCCCCGAUGGCCCCGAAAGUGGACGCCAGUUUGCCAGCAGCUGCUACCAGGAUCCGGUGACGCUGCAAGUCAUCUGCGUCUGUAACGCGGGAUACGUAGGGAGUCGAUGUGACGAAUGCGCGUCUGGCUUCUUCGGCAGCCCGGACGAGGUCGGCGGCGCCUGCCAUGCUUCUAUAGCCACGGAGCCUCCCGGUGUGAAGCCCCCUUUUCUGUUGGAAGAGAUGGAGCUGGCUGUGCUUGGGGCUAUUCGUCGUGAACCACCACCGGUUGGCCCCGAGCGUCAGCCGCGCUCGCUGCCCAGCCGGGGAGAGGUGCUGAGUUUGUUUCCUUCCUGUUUUUGGCAGUUCACGGGGCAGUGCCAGUGCAUGCCGGGCUUCGGAGGCCGGACCUGCCGGGAGUGCCAGGAGCUCUUCUGGGGCGACCCAAGCGUGGAGUGCCGAGCCUGCGACUGCAACCCUCGAGGCAUCCAGACGCCACAGUGCGACCGCGCCACGGGGCAGUGCGUCUGCAACGAGGGGGUGGAAGGGCCGCGCUGCGACAAGUGCAGCCGGGGCUACUCCGGCUUCUUCCCCGACUGCGCGCCGUGCCACCAGUGCUUCGCCCUCUGGGACGUGGUCAUCGGCGAACUGGCCAACAGGACCCAGCAGUUCCUGGACAGGGCUAACGCCCUGAAAAUCACCGGUGUCACCGGCCCGUACCAGCAGACGCUCAACACCCUGGAGGAGAAACUCAGUGAAAUUAAAAUCAUCAUUGCUCAAAACCCGGCCGCCGAGCCCCUAAAAAACAUCGGCACCCUCUUUGAGGAAGCAGAAAAGCUGACAGCAGAUGUUACAGUUAAGAUAGCAGACUUAGAAGAAAGCCUUUCAGCACUAGGCCUGAAAAGCAACAGCACGGACACUGACCUGAGCGCGCUGGAGACUGAUGCCAAAAGCCUAGAGCGGGUGGUGAAGGAGCUCGCAGAACAGCUGGAGUUCAUCAAGAUCUCUGAUGUGCGGGGAGCCUUGGACAGUAUCACCAAGUACUUCCAGAUGUCCCUGGAGGCAGAAGACCGGGUCAAUGCCUCCACCGUUCACCCCGACAGCGUGGUGGAAGUGUCAGCGCAAACACGCCAGGAGGUGGAAGACUUAAUCAACGAGAAGGAGGCCCAGUUCAAGGCGAAACAGGAGGAGCAGUCGCGCCUGCUCGACGAACUGGCAGGCAAGCUGCAAAGCCUGGAUCUCUCCGAAGCGGCUGAGAAGACCUGCGGAGCUCCCUCGGGAGUGUCGUGUGCCGAAUCCGAGUGUGGCGGGUUGAACUGCCGAACAGCCGAGGGACAGAAGAAGUGUGGAGGACCUGGCUGUGACGGGCUGGUGACUGUAGCGCACAACGCCUGGCAGAAAGCCAUGGAUUUUGACAGAGACAUCCUCAGUGCCUUAGCAGAAGUUGAGCAGCUCUCCAAAAUGGUUUCCGAGGCGAAACAGCGAGCAGAUGAAGCAAAACAAAACGCACAAGAAGUUCUGCUCAAAACCAACGCUACAAAAGAACAAGUGGACAGAAGCAAUGAAGAUCUGAGAAACCUCAUUAAACAGAUCAGAGACUUCCUAAUGCAAGACAGCGCUGACCUGGACAGCAUUGAGGCAGUGGCUAAUGAAGUGCUGAACAUGGAGAUGCCAAGCACUCCCCAGCAGCUACAUGCUCUGACAGAAGAUAUUCGUGAGCGUGUAGAAAGUCUUUCUGAUGUCGAGGUCAUUCUGCAGCAGAGUGCUGGAGACAUUGCCAGAGCAGAAAUGCUGUUGGAAGAAGCCAAGAAAGCAAGCAAAGGUGCAACAGAUGUUAAAGUCACUGCAGACAUGGUGAAAGCAGCACUGGAAGAAGCUGAAAAAGCUCAAAAUGCAGCUGAAAAAGCCAUCAAACAAGCUGAUGAAGAUAUUAAAGGAACUCAAGACCUGCUGACCUCAAUUGAAUCUGAAAAUGCAGCAUCCGAAGAAACACUGAACAACGCUACCUUACGCCUGUUUAAGCUAGAGAAGAGUGUUGAAGAUCUUAAGCAAAAGGCUGCUACAAAUUCAGAGAACGUGGACAAUAUAGAAGACACAAUUGGUAUUGCAAAGCAAAAUGCUGAAGAAGUUAAAAAGGUCCUCAACAACGAGCUGAACACCAAGUAUAAAACUGUGGAAGAUCUCAUUGCCAAAAAGACAGAAGAAUCAGCUGAUGCUAGGAGGAAAGCUGACAUGUUGCAAGAUGAAGCUAAAGCACUGUUGGCUCAAGCAAACAGCAAACUCCAGCUGCUCAAAGAUUUGGAGAACACGUAUGAAAACAACCAAAAAGUUCUGGAAGACAAAGCCAAGCAGUUGGUAGAGCUGGAAGAGACAGUCCGCUCCCUCUUACAGACAAUCAGCCAGAAAGUUGCUGUUUAUAGCACUUGCUUAUAAGACGGGGGCAGGAAAUGCUUGCUGAAAUGUGUUCAAGAUGGGUUUCACAAGUAUUACACUAGUUCUUUUCUGACAUUACCCUAAGACCUGAUAAAGUGAACAGGUUUGAUAUUGACUUUAAGUCACAGAACCAAAGACAAGUAAUGUUUUGAUGCUGAAAAUAAACAGUACUUUUUUUAAUCACUGUA